AUGGAGUCUAUAAACUUUCUUGGAGGUGGCUGGGUGAUGCUGGCCACUGGGCCUGUCAUUCCCAGGGACUCCUGGAAGGGGACCUGCUGCAGGCUAAGUUCAGCUGCAGCCUGUGCCAUGCCUAGGGCCAUCUGGCAUGAGCCACAAAGCAAUCCAGAGAUGGCCACCACCAGCGCUGUUCAUGGAGACGGCGCCGCUGAGGAAGCCGGGCUCCAGAUUGGAGAUGUAGUGCUGGCCGUCAAUGGCACCGAGGUCACCAGUGCCGAGCAUGCCGAAGCUGUGCACCUCGCAAGGAAAGGCCCAGACAUCUUGACGCUGGUGGUGGGAUCUGACAUCAGCCGUUGUCCCAACACCCCGUGGCCCACCUGCCGUGGCUACCUGCAUAAGAGGACUCACUCCGGGUUCGUGAAGGGUUGGAGGAAGAGGUGGUUUGUACUAAAGCAUGACGGCUGGCUCCACUAUUACAGACAUAAGAAGGAUGAAGGAAAAUGCCCGCCUCUAGAGGUAAUAAAAUUAGAUGGUGCAGAAGUUGGCAUUGAUAGCACUUUGGGAAAACCAUUUGUGUUUAACUGUGUGCCUCCGUCUGGAAAUAGAACUUUUUGCCUCUGUGCAACCUCAACCCAAGAAAUGAAAAGGUGGCUUGAAGCAAUGGACAAAGCAGCCCAUCCUGUCCACCAGAACCACGUCUGGGAACAUGUCACUCUGCACAACAGUAGCCUCCCGCCCCUGGCUAUCAAGAACCCAGAGUGCCUGGGCCUUCUGCACCAACUGGACGGAAGCGCCGACGUGUGGGUCCAGCGCUAUUGCAUUCUGAAGGAUGGCUGCCUGUACUUCUACACCAGCAUUCGCUCCACCCAGGCCUCAGGUGGCCUAUAUCUGCAAGGAUAUAGGGUGAAUGAGCAGACCCUUAGCUUCAAGCAGUCAGUAAUUGAACUCAAACCUCCAUCUGAAGAGUUCAAGACUUUCUAUUUCUGUGCAGAAAAUAAAACAGAAAACCAACGCUGGAUUACAGCUCUGAAAAUGUCUAUCAAAAAAUGGCUUCCUUUGCAUCAGGCUAUUCAAGACUUCAUGAAUCGACCUCUAGAGGAGACCAGAAUGUAAAAGAUACCCUAAUCUUAAGAGAAAGGAUCCACAAAAUCAUCACCAGCUACUUGUAGGAAGAGACAAAAGCAUUUAUCAUUAUAUACCCAUAGCUUUUCAAAUGAAUAUUUCUCUAAUAUAUUGAAACUUUGUGAUAAGAUUAUAAUUUUGUUUUUGAACCAAAACACCAAAAUCAAACGUGACAUUCAGAUAAUAUAACUUAUAUCAACAUCAUUAC